AUGGCCACUUUAACUUCUCCAACAGCAACAUUCACAACUAACACACGUUGUCUUCAAAGACCGCAGAAUUCCCACUCUCCUUCUCAACAGCCUCGUUUAGUACCAAGACCAGAACUGAACCGCAGACAUUUCAUAUCUCAAACAGCUUCGCUUUCAUCACUUCCUUUACUUUCUCCCCUCAUUCUUAGUCCACAACAAGCCAAUGCUGCAGCUGAAGAUUCUCUUUCCGAGUGGGAAAGAGUUUACCUUCCCAUUGAUCCUGGUGUUGUCCUCCUUGACAUUGCCUUUGUUCCUGAUGACAUGAACCAUGGUUUCUUGUUGGGGACAAGGCAGACAAUCAUGGAAACUAAAGAUGGUGGAAAUACUUGGGUCCCGCGGUCAAUACCUUCAGCUGAAGAUGAGGAUUUUAACUAUCGGUUUAAUUCGAUUAGUUUUAAGGGGAAGGAAGGGUGGAUUGUUGGGAAGCCAGCAAUUUUGUUGUACACAGCAGAUGCUGGAGCAACAUGGGAGAGGAUACCAUUAAGUGCUCAACUCCCUGGUGAUAUGGUCUAUAUAAAGGCAACUGGAGAAAAGAGUGCAGAGAUGGUGACUGACGAAGGUGCAAUAUAUGUCACAUCAAAUAGGGGUUAUAACUGGAGGGCUGCAGUUCAGGAGACUGUUUCGGCAACUCUUAACAGAACAGUUUCAAGUGGUAUUAGCGGUGCAAGUUACUAUACUGGAACUUUUAAUACCGUGAAUCGCUCUCCAGAUGGAAACUAUGUUGCUGUCUCAAGUCGUGGUAACUUCUACCUCACAUGGGAGCCUGGUCAGGCAUUCUGGCAGCCGCAUAACAGAGCAAUUGCAAGAAGAAUUCAAAACAUGGGAUGGAGGGCGGAUGGUGGGCUCUGGCUUCUUGUUCGUGGAGGGGGGCUUUAUCUUAGCAAAGGAACUGGGAUAUCAGAGGAGUUUGAAGAAAUUCCAGUGCAAAGUAGGGGGUUUGGCAUUCUUGAUGUUGGGUACCGUUCAAAGGAAGAGGCUUGGGCAGCAGGGGGCAGUGGGAUUCUGUUGAGAACUACCAAUGGUGGCAAGACAUGGACCCGUGACAAAGCAGCUGACAAUAUUGCUGCAAAUCUUUACUCAGUGAAGUUUAUUGAUGACAAGAAAGGAUUUGUUCUGGGAAAUGAUGGAGUCUUGCUUCGGUAUCUUGGAUAA